UUCUUUUCUUCAAUUCGCAAUUGACACAGUUCAAUUUUUAUUUAAUUAGUGAUGAACCCUAAAUUUGGUCAAUGCUUAUAAAUUGUUUUAUUGUUUCGUGCAUGAUUGCUAACUGAUAUUUUGUAAGGAAAUGGCACCUGAAGGUUUGUUUCCUGGUGAAGGUCAAAGGGGAGCUGUUGGUGACUAUAACAAUCUUAAAUACCCAAAACUUGGAGAUAUACUAGAUUAUAUUAUUAUACAGCAGCCAGCAUUACUAGAGGCCAUAGAAAUGAGGGAGGCAAAGCUUCUUUUCCCUUCAAAAACAUAUGUGGCUAUGAUCAAAUUUCUGUUGAAAUGCUUUGAGGCAGAUACAGAACAAUACAGGACAGUAGAAAGAAUUCUGGAGUAUUGGCCUUCAGUGGAGAAUAUGUGUUUGCUACUGGAACAUGCUAUGGCAUAUGAAGGCUCUGUUGAGUUGCAUUCAAAUGCCUCCAAGGCACUAAUCACAAUUGGAACUUAUUUUCAAGAGAUGAUAGCAUCACGCUAUGCCAUGAAAAUUUCAUGGUUAAAGCAAUUUUUGGGUCACAUGGAUUUCGAUACCUGUGAAGCUAGUUGUGUCUUCCUUUUCAAUUUUUGCACUUUCUACUGUAGUCAAUUUGUGUAAGAAACUUCCUUCUGAAUGUCCUGCACCUUUAAUGGAGGCAGUUCCAAUAUUGUGUAAACUUCUUCA